AGGGGGGGGGGGGGGUUGUGUUUGAUGGAUCCGAGGAUCGCCUGGUUCCAGCCAGAACAGCGCGGACCCGCCAACAACCUGUGGCUGCAGAUCUGGGAGACGACCCAGGGGCUCGGCUACCUGCACGUACACGGCGCCCUGGACGCACACACCUGCGCAGGUGACGCCAGGACCCGUGGGAUGUCCGCGCCGGCGGCCGCGCCGCGGGACUUCAUCCCGCUGGACAGCAACAGCAACCACAACAGCCCCGGCACCGGGGGGACCACCGGGGGCAGCGGGCAGCAGGGCGGGCUGUGGAGGGGGCUCACGGACGGACACCCCAACAAGAGGAAGAGGGACAACAAAGCCAGCACCUUCGGCUUCAACGCCAGCCUGCUGCUCGGGGGCUCCAACACCGGGGGGGAGGCGUUCACCGGCACGCCGUGGAAGGUCAGGAACUACUCGGAAGGAAUCGUGGGGCUACACGAGGAGAUCAAGGACUUCUAUGAGUACAUCUCCCCCUGGCCAGAAGAGGAAAAGAUGAGACUGGAGGUUGUGGACAGAAUCAAGGGAGUCAUCCAUGACCUUUGGCCCAGUGCUGAGGUCCAAGUGUUCGGGAGUUUCAGCACUGGUCUCUAUCUGCCAACAAGUGACAUUGACCUGGUAGUCUUUGGGAAAUGGGAGACGCUCCCACUCUGGACGUUGGAAGAAGCUCUGCGGAAGCGAAACAUUGCGGACGAGAACUCCAUUAAAGUUUUAGAUAAAGCAACGGUUCCCAUCAUCAAACUGACUGACUCCUUCACUGAAGUUAAAGUGGACAUCAGUUUCAAUGUGAAGAGUGGCGUGAAAGCUGCUCGGCUCAUCAAGGAAUUCAAAGAGAAAUACCCGGUGCUGCCUUAUCUGGUCCUGGUGCUGAAGCAGUUCCUUCUGCAAAGGGACCUUAAUGAGGUUUUUACAGGUGGGAUCGGGUCCUACAGUCUCUUCCUCAUGGCUGUUAGCUUCCUCCAGCUUCACUAUAGGGAAGAUGUGCGCAGUCCCAACAUCAACAUCGGCGUCCUGCUGAUCGAGUUCUUUGAGCUCUACGGUCGCCACUUCAACUACCUGAAAACGGGCAUCAGGAUAAAAGAUGGCGGUUGCUACGUUGCCAAAGACGAGGUUCAGAAGAACAUGAUGGACGGGUACAGACCCUCCAUGCUCUACAUCGAGGACCCUCUGCAGCCAGAUAACGAUGUUGGCAGGAGUUCGUACGGUGCCAUGCAGGUGAAGCAGGCGUUCGACUACGCCUACGUUGUGCUCAGCCAUGCUGUCUCACCCAUUGCCAAGUAUUACCCCAACAACGAGAGCGAGAGUAUACUCGGCAGGAUAAUCCGAGUGACUCAGGAAGUGGAUGAAUACAGGGAAUGGAUCCGGAAAAACUGGGGAGGGCCGUCUCAGAAUGACCUGUCUCUAAACAGAAAUGGAGUCAAACUGUUUGAAUCUAAGCAGCUUGACGAGUGCAACAACAAUGUUCCCGAUGACGAGGAUGUCGUGGUUCUGCCUUCGGUUCCCCACAGCAAAACCUCCUCCAACACGUCCUCUCCAUCCCCCUCCCUGCGCUCCUCUCCUUCUUCCUCUCCGCUCUCGCCGUCUUCCACGACGUCCACUUCGACUUCCAGCGACGCGGACUCUGAUGGGACGCCGUGUAAGACGGCCAAGCAGCAGUCCGGCCGGGGCUCCAGUACUCCGAGAGAAAAGUCUGCCCCCGCAAGUAAUCACCGCGCACAGAACCACACUACCAGCACUCCAACGGCAAGCAACAAAGGAGGAAAGGCUAGGGUCUCUCGUUCCCAUCAAAAGAGUGGGCACCACGCGCAGCAGAACAACCCAUCCAAUACCAAAACUCAUCCGAGCAACAAGCCACAGCACCAGGGCAACAGCAAGAAGAGGAAAAACGUACGGGACUCUACACAAGAGGAUCUCUGCAGAUAGGGGUGGCUUUGAUCAGUGACGCCCCCCCCAUCCCAUACCGACCCCCGUCCUUGUCUGAAACUGACUGACUGACUGUCCUGGCACCUCCCCUGCUGCCAGACACCAGCAGGGUCAGGAGGUGGUUAGUAGUAUGGAAACAUCUGCAGACAUCCGUCGCCCCUUUUCAGGAUGACGCCAAGUUUUCUAACCGAAAAAGGAAGAAACAAAAAAAAAGAAAAAAAACGCUAUUGGAAAUGGGUUUAAUUUUCAGACUUGAACUGAAAUCACAGAGUAGAUGCUCCUUUUCUUUCCGAACAGCUUCUGUCGGGGAGCGGAUUUCCUAACAACAGCCAGCCUCUUGCGCCUCCUGCUGUACAGGAAUAGACGGUUGGAGUGUCUGGAGUUGACUUUUGGAGCAAUACCUGGAUCUGCUGACAAGUGGGAUCAAAAUUUUAUCCUGGAAAAAAAAAAAAAUUAAAAAAGAAAAAAAGGGGGGGAGAGAAAAAAAAGCAAAUAGUUUAAAUGUACGAAAAGAAAAUUGUUAUGCUGAACAAGAAACGUGUACACAAAUUUUUUAAGAUGCUCACUUACAAAUGCAAUCAGUAAGAGUGGGACAUAACUUAUGCAUGAGAAUUUUCUGUUGGUUGGUUUUUCUGUCGGGUGGAUCUGUUUUGUUAUGUCUAAAACAGGUUAUCCGGAAAUUUGUACAAAAACAAGCAUAAGCAAAAAAACAAACAAAAAAGGUUGAAAAUGCAAGAAAAGAAGUUUCAUAUUACCUUUUUACAAGAUAUACUGAUUACAGUCGCAUAAACAUGCACAUUGUGCGCCCGCUGCUGUUCGGCCCAAACCAGGUGCUGGUUUGGGUCCCAUUGCCAACAGAAAUCAUCAGCAUCUACUUUUACUCCUGGUUUCUCUCUGUGAGUGUGCUACAAUGUUAACAUUUUAGCCUCGAGUGAGCCUCACACGAUAGGCCUGUAGAUGACAGAAAGGAGCUCGCGCUCUCAUCCAGCUAGGUAGCACAGCCACACCAGUGUAGAGGCUUUACGACUACAGGUUUAAAUAUAUUUGUGGUGAAAAUGGUUUUAGUGAAAAAUCCUACACUUGAAUUGUGUCAACAAUAUGACUGUGGCCGAUAAUUUGUUUAUUUGGUGAAUUACCAACUGCAGAAUCAUUUGUAUUUGUUAAAUGUAUUUAUUUUUUUAUUAAUUAUAUGAACAUAGUAUUGAUAAAUGUAAUAACUUAGAGCUCAUAUCUUUGAGUCCUAUAUUUGAAAUAGAAUAAGUUGCAGGAAGAUGGGACGGGGUAGGAACAAGUAUAUUCAGGUACUUUCAAAUACCGUGUUUUAUUAUUUCUAAGUUUGUUUUUGUUUAUUUUGGUUUAUCUUUUCAUUGACAGUUGAGUGACCAAGUUACUUUGGGAAACUUAAGAGACCAUUUUACAAGUCGGAGCCUAUUUUUUCCUAUUUUUUUUUUUUUUUAAUGACGUGGCUGGCCUACUUACUCAAAAAGGGAGCUAUUAAUUUUUUUCUUUUGGUUGUUUCCUCAUCCCAAUUUAAACAUUUUCAUAACGAUACAAAAAAAAGCAAUUUCUCUUCUGUCGUUGCAGUACUGCAGCUGACCUGCAGAUGGAGCUAUUGCUCUGAGUCUUAAUCCACGCAGCGUUUGGCCUUGUAUACUGCAUUUGAACGGUUUCUUUUCCAUGAUCGACCUCUAAUGUGGUCAAAUGGAUGGGCUGCUUGGAGGGAGUGACACACCAAAGCACAGUUUAAUCUCCUCAUCCCCUUCCUCUCACGAAACAUGCACGGUAAAAACAAAUAUCCAGCAAUAACCACCACUUUAAUACUCUUUAACGCUACUCCACGCCGUGCACACCAUCGGGUCAGGUCAACAUCACGUGGUAACUCAAUUUAAGCACACCUGAGGCCAAUUAGCAGGGCUGGUAAAUUUUGGUGUUGAAAUCUUGAAAACGGUUGCCGGUUCAGCCCCUUCAUCCAUCAGCGCGGUUAAAAUGCAGUAUAUAAGCGCAGGUUUUCGUGCUCUGCAGAGGAGGAAGGAGAAUCUGAAUGUCCACCUUUUACCACAUAUCUCCAUUACAGAAGGCUUUUUGAACCCAGCUGUACCCAUCUGAAAACCUGUUCCACUGCAGCUAUUACAGUUCAUGCAAUAAAAACCAUUACCAUCACACUGGUGUUGACACGAGUUUCUGCUUUUGCUUUUUUGGAAUUUUCUGGACGGAUAAAGGCUG